GAUUCGGCCUCUCCGGAUAUCCGGAUUUUCGGAUCGGAUCCGGAUCGGAUCACGGAUCGAAUCCGGAUCUCGGAUAAAAGUUCCAGGCCUAGAUAAAACGAUGCAUUUUUCUUUUUUCUCUAUUAACUAGAAAAUGUAUGGGCCGAAAUCCAACUAAUAUUUAGGCUAACAAUACUAACGAUUAGUCCAACUUCGGAUUUAUCUAAUAAAGUAUAAUAUAUUUCUCCAAUUUUGUCUAACCAAAUCACCAUAAAUUAGUUGUCAUUUUACAAGUAUUUAACACAAAAAUUCAUUGAUUCACACCAGUGGCGGAUGUAGGAGUCCAUUUAGACGGGGGCACAUAAUUUUAUUUCAGCAUAUUUAGUUGUAGGUUUAGAGGAGCAUUGCAUGAAUUGUAUAGAUUAUGCAAGGAAAAUAAAAAAGAGACGGGGGCACGUGACCCCGUACGUCUUCACCUACGUCCGCUCCUGAUUCACACAUAAGGAAUUGCAGGACCUGAGAAGGGUGAGAAAGUCCCACCUGAAAGAAAAGGGCAGGCACUCUCGUCUUUUAACCCCUACAAGAUCGCUUUGCUUGUUAACUAACAAAUCUAGAAGAUCGUUGUUUCGAGUUAAUCCGUCAAAUUUCCAGUAGGAAAUAGAAAUAUCAAACCGAUUUCUGAAUGUAAAGAUGCAACUAAUGACUGAUUCGCAUAUUGAAAAAAUGUUUGGAAUGAUAAGUAAAAUGGGAAACAAAAGGGACAAAAUUUAGACAUAAAAUUUUGAUAAUUUUCUGAAAGUUUCAAAAAACAUACUUUUGAAACUUUUUCUAUUUAUUUUUGAAAAUUAGUGCGCUAAUAUUAUUUUUGUUAAGGUCAAAAUAACGAAUUAAAGAUACAAUGCAUUUGUACUUUCAUUAAUCUCUUAACCAAAAGAUACAUUGCAUUGCAUUCCUUGUGACCAAAGGAUCCGGAGUGUAGUCCAUGUUUUUUUUUUUUUUUUUUUAACGCAAGUCCAUCGUUUAUUGAUUCCUCCUAAAACCCAUCGCCCUCUUUUUCUUAAACCCUAGUUGGCUAGUUCUGACAUGCCUCUCUGAUUCAGAAUUUAUCUGGGCCAUGGCCUGAUGUGAAAUUUUAGAAGCUAUAAACAUUUUUAAUAACUUAAUAAAAAAAAUUCUGCAAUUUGGAAAUCUAUACUCAUAUAAAAAACUUCCAGAAUUUUUAAAAACGAAUGACCAAUAACUUUUUUUUUGCUAAAUUGUAAAUGUCAUUAAUCAAGAUGAAUGUUUGGUUACAAAAUGGAUCGCAACCAGAUUCUACUCUAGAGCCAUUCUGAAUCUUAGGGAACGCAAAAAGUUUUAAAAAAACCCCAAGACACAAAGAGAUUAACUCAAAGCUUGCCAACGAUGGUGAACCUUGAAGUUAAUAAACAUUAUAGGACAAGAGACAUCAAAUUAAAUUUCCCACCCAAGCUUCUUGACAACUAGAGUAACCAGACCAUUAAGAGAAUAGCUAGAGGCAAGUUCAGUCAAGCACUCACCGAAGUGGCUCAAGCAGGGAUCGACAAAGGCGGCUAGCUGUUGCUCCGGAGCUCCACUAGAGGAGGAAGAAGCUGACAAAUGGGCCCAAGCUAACGCAGCAGACGACAAAAAUGUAGACCUGAGGAAACACCGCUGAAAGUGAAAGCACAAGUUACUGUCAAGCGCAGCCGGUAAAUGCAGCUCCCCAUCCGGCUGCACGACACAAAGGAUGCGGUGGAGAGAGCAAGUAAAUGAAGAAGUUAUCUGCCAGAGCUUGGGAGAAGGGAAAUGAAGAACUGAAGGAGAAGUGAAACUCUUUGAAAAACAAGUGACCGAACCGAGAAGAGAAAGCUCUUCCUUGAAAGCAGGUGAUGCCAUUACAGAACCCCAGGAGUCGACAUCGAGAACAACAAGGAGAGCCAAUCGAACUAUGAAAGGCACGCUAUGGUUGACGUCUCUGAAGAAGGCCGAUAUUUUAUUAGGUUGUGCCCAGAUCCAAUGCUACUGUGGGGUUCAUCAGAAGAAAACCAACUUAAACAGCUCUAAUAAGAAUCAUGGGCAGUCCUAGGCAUAAAUCAAUAAAACAUUUGGUGUUGCCCCCAAAUUUGCAUCUCAAGUUUUAAGUUAAUACACAUACUUUAUAUAUCUCUUUAAUUAUAAAUAUUAAGUUAUUAAAGUUUUUAUUAAAUUGUCUAUGGUCCCAAUAAAAAUAUUAUUCUUCGAUUUGAUGUUUUAUAAACCAACUUGAGAGAAAUGUUGUUGAUUCAAUUAAAUUAUCAUUCUAAAACAAUAACUAAUUGUUAUUUUAUUAAAAUGCUGAUUUUUAACACAAACUUAUAUUAAAUGAAUCUCAAAGUUUGGUGAUAGACAUAAAGACAAACUCAUCGGCCAGGACCUGUUUCGCUAACCUAUCAGCAACACUGUUACUCACACGUGAGAUCCAGCGAAAAGAGAUGACCAUAGAGCUAAUUUCGGCAGUGAUGCCAUAAAGUUCCAAAACUGCUGAAACAGAGUUAACGGCUUGGAUGAUUUGCGCUGAAUCAAACUUGCAAGAGAUGCUUGAGUACCCCAGCUGUUUGUUAAAAUUAAAAUUUUACUUCUUAAAGUUACAAUUAUUUGUUAAAAAGUUACAAUUAUUUAACAGAUCCCAAAAUUUUAUAUAUCUACAGAACAUAAAUUUGUAGGAUUUAAAGGAUAAUUGUUUUUGGCCUACUGUUAAUAUAUAUAUGUAUAUAUAUAUAUAUAUAUAUUUUUUUUUUUUGAUGAUCCUGGUAUCCAGAGCCUCGAAAAGAUCCGACUAGCGCCAAUGACCGUCCACCGGAGCUUAGCCGGGGAGCCCGCCGAGGCAUCCAGAAGGGCUGGUGAUCACCCCAUGUAAAUCCCACCAGUGGCCACACGUUAGCAAGAUUCUCCGUAUUGGGCCCAAAGGGUCCCUCAAGAUAUAUAAUAUUAGUUCUUUGGUUUCUACUUUUUUGUUCUGAAUCCAAAAUCUAUUUCCUUAACAGUGAAAACAAUGGGUUAAAGAUGUAACACAAGAGGAAAUCAGCUUAGACCAGUGGUUUAAUCAUAAGUUUAUUAAUAUUUAUAUAUUAGGAGGCCCGAGUUUCAAGUUUCACAUAAGAUGAAAUAUACUAAUUAAUAGAGUAAAACUUGCAUGAGAUCUCUAAUAUAGUAUAAGUAAGACCAUGUCCAACGGUGGAUUUCAUCCGGUCCAUAAGACAAAUCCUUAAGCAUAAUUGUAAUUAAAUACUAUUAUUAGUGAUAAAUCGACGAAGGAUUGGUCCGUCGCAGCGGACUUAAGGAUUCAAUCCUUAGCAACGUGUCACGUGGUGAGUGGGUCGAUUUUGUCUUUGGUUUGUGUAGGGUCGAAAAAAAAAAUCAUUCUCGAGCCAAGCCGAAAAAAAAAUUUCUUCUCGAGAGAAAGGCGAUUUCGAGACGAUUUUGCUCGAUCUCUCUUCCUCGGCUCGUGUAAGGUAAAUCGAAGCUUUAACUCGUAGAUUUAUCGAUUAGAGAUCACUCUCCAUCUUGUUUGUUCUGUAUUAAGGGUUUGGUUCUCGGAUUUCGACCGAUUUGAGAAAAUUUUCAAAUUAGGGUUUCAAAAAUAUUUGGGGAUAAAUCGAUUUCGGGAUUCUUUGGGGGUUUAGAUAGGGUUUCGAAACGUUUUUGGUUUGUAUCGGUCUCGGAUCUCCUCUCUGUGUCUUAUACGGAUUGAAACCGUAUCGGGUUUCAAUCGAUUGCCGUUUCUUAACUGUUUUUGAUAUUGUAUUUGUUCCUUGUCGUUGGUUUGCUACCUUCUCGUUCAUGUGCUUUUGAUUAUUUUUCUUUUAAAUUGUUCUUACUCAUUCUUUGCUGUUGAUUUUAUUGGUCCUUAAACAAGCUGUGGAGGUGGAUACAAAAGAAGCCCAAGGUGUCGAACCAGAAGUUAGACCUCCCGGGGUUAAAGCGGCGAAAGCUAGUACCAAGAAGAAGAAGAGUGGCAGGGAGGAGGAGUUGUCGAGGCUACAUGGGGUUUUAGAAAUUAAGGAAAAACUGUCUAAACAAAAGCUUCUUGGUCGUUUACUAGCUAAGAAAGAACCUCUCUCAGAUAUGGAAAACAGUCUCAUGCUCAAACUAAUGUCCGAAAUGAUAUGAUCUAUUUUCAAUCUUGCUUUUGAGGUAGAAAUGUUUGUGUACUUGAUCGUUUGUGUAAAUAUAUCAUAUUACUGAUUGUUUUUUAAUGGUUAUGACAGGUUACUAACUCUUGUCACUAUGUUUUGACAGGUUACUCGCAUGUGGGAAGGAGUCACGGGUGCAUUUGGUCUUUAUCUGAUGGAGUAGGAUUCACGGGUGAUGGAGUAGGAAUCACGGGUGUAGCUGUAGAAGUCACGGGUGUUGGAGUAGGAAGCACGGGUGUAGUUGUAUGAGUCACGGGUCACUCUCUUUAGCAUAUGUAUUAUAAGUAGUAGUUGUAGUCUUUGCGGUGUAGUAGAAACUUGUUUCCUCUUGAGAGUCAAGUUCAUGUUUUCAGAGAGUUUGUAAUCUACUCUCAUUGUUUUCCUCGGAUCAUAUGUAAGUUCAAGUUCAAGUCUAGCUUCUCUUUGUAUCAAAAUGUCAUCAUCUUCAUCCGAUGGUCUAGACGAAAGAAUAGACGAACUUGUUGAUGAAAUCGUUGAAGAUUACUACAACGACAUAGUGGAGGACCAACCCGAUGAUGAGGCGAACCGUGCUUAUAUUGAACGAGACCGUGAAGGAGGAGAUGAUCAGUUAUGGAAUGACUACUUCAGUGAAGACCCGACAUACUCGGCACAAAUAUUUAGAAGACGUUUCCGCAUGAAAAAGAAUUUAUUCCUGCGUAUUGUCAGAGCCCUAAAGCAGAACUUUAUAUUCUUUCAGCAGAGAAAAGAUGCAACCGGGAGGUGGGGUCUAUCAUCACUACAAAAGUGUACGGCGGCUAUUCGUCUGCUUGCUUAUGGUACAACGGCUGACUCGGUUGACGAAUAUCUCCGACUUGCUGACACCACAGCACACUCUUGUUUACAUCAUUUCACUGACGCAGUUAUACAGUUAUUUGGCGAUGAGUAUCUACGACGACCCACAAAGGAGGAUCUUCAACGACUACUCUAUAUUGGAGAGCAACGCGGUUUUCCAGGGAUGGUUGGGAGCAUUGACUGUAUGCAUUGGGAGUGGAAAAACUGCUCAACCGCUUGGAAAGGACAAUACACACGUGGAUCCGGAAAACCGACGAUUGUUUUAGAGGCUGUAGCUUCACAAGAUCUUUGGAUAUGGCACGCUUUCUUCGGUCUUCCAGGUACCUUAAACGAUAUUAAUGUCCUCGAUCGGUCUCCUGUUUUUGACGAUAUUUUAGAAGGUCGAGCUCCGAGGGUAAGGUACAUGGUCAACGGACACAUGUAUAAGUUGGCAUACUAUCUCACAGACGGUAUAUAUCCAAAAUGGUCAACAUUUAUCCAAUCUAUCACACUCCCUCAAUGUCCCAAACAAGCGUUAUUUGCUAAAUGGCAAGAAGCAGCCCGAAAAGAUGUCGAGCGGGCAUUUGGAGUAUUGCAAGCUCGGUUUGCGAUUGUGAAAAACCCGGUUCGUACAUUGGACAUAGAGAAGAUAGGGAAGAUUAUGAGAGCAUGUAUCAUACUACACAAUAUGAUAGUUGAAGAUGAACGAGAUGGUUAUACAAACCAGGUUAAUAUUUCAGAUUUUCAAGAAGGAGAAUCUUCCAGAACCUCGGAGGUCCUAAACGAAAUUCCUACAUUGUUCAAUGAUACAUUUCCCGACUGCAAUGAUCUUCGUGAUAGGCAAACUCAUGAUCGAUUGAAGAAUGAUUUGAUCGAAAACAUUUGGAAUAAAUUUGGUAAUCAAGAUUAAUAAUUAGUUCUCUUUGGAAUAUUAUUCAAUCAUUGUAUCUUUUUUUUUAAUAAUGCAAUUAAUAAAAUUUCAAUUUUAAUUUUUUUUUUAAAAAAAAAAUAUUUUAUUCCUAAGGACUCCUUCUUCGGGAUCACCAUUGGACGAGUAUUUUAGAUCCGAAUCCUUAACUAUUGAAAAAAAAAAAGCUUAAAAUAUGAUUAAAGACUCAUGUGGGAGUAUCACCAUUGUAUUUGGUCUAAAACUACUAUGUCAUGAGUGAAUUUUAUAAUUUAUGAUGGUGUAUACUAUUAAAAUUAUCAGUUGUAUAGUUAUCUAUAUAAUGGGUGUGAUUGGUAGUGGCUGUGAGUGCUCUCUACAGCCUCAUUUUUUUCUAGAGCACUAAAUCUACACCAAUCUUGAUUUCUAUUUUUUUUUAAGUUCACAGCUUUUUUAUAAAAUCCACAGCACUUCUUUGAAAUUAUAUCUUUACAAUUUCUCUGCAGAGACAAAAAUCUACAGCCCAUAUUUAAAGACUUUUAAAAAUUAAAAAUCUAAAGCCAAAGCAAUAAAAACCACAGUAAUAUUUCUACAGUCAAAAAAUGAAAUCACAGCACUUACCAAUCAACCCCAAUAUCUAACAAUACUAAAAAUGGAAUAUCCUCCACUCUCAAACCCUCCACGUAAGAUUAAAAAAUCCACCAAUCAAAACAUGGCAGCUGCUAACAUAGUGACACGUUUCCUCUCUACUUCCUUCGGCUCUCUGGAAAAUAGAAAUUGUUACGAAAAUCCUGCCAUCACUUUUUAUUUGCACCGUCAAUCUCUCUUCGUAUUCUUCCCUUAGAUCCAAUGUUUCAAACAAAUACAUAACUGCAAAAUUUUAAGAUUCAAUCACCAAGCCAACGGGCCAAGCAGUUUCCUUCCUCUUCCGCCAUCUCGGCGCUAAUCAGUAAGGAUUCGAUCAGUGCGAAGAAACGAAGCAUUGGAUUUGGGGUCAGCAGGUGUGCAAGCUUCUAUGCGCCUCCCCUAAUCAAUCAGGUUCCAUCUCUUCUCUCUCUCUAUCUCUCUCUCUCUCUCUCAAUAUCAUGCAUCUCCCCUUAUGAAGUUGUAUGAUGCAUUGCAUUCGUCGGAGCUUUUUAGUAGGUUCGGAUGUGCAGAAACAAGUGUCUAACAAAGAGAUCUCGAACUGGAUUAUGUAUGAAUUCGUUGGUCUUCUAGGAUUUCGUGUGAGAUUACUUGAAAUCAAUCAAGUAUUGGAAUCAAUCCGUCAAGCUUUUCACCACCAGGUUCAUAUCUUUCUCCCUCACGACUCCCAUUUAAUCUUAACCCAAAUUUUUUCAUGCUUAAAUUGGAGCUGUUUGGUACAUGUGUGGUUGUGGAGCUGCAUAAACUGGAUAAAGAUUAUUCCGAGUCUCUCAGAUGCUUAGUACAACCACGUCAAGUGAUGGUGGCGGUGGAAUCUGUGAUUCCUCCGAUCGUCGGAAUAUACGUCCCCCCCAUCUUCCCAACUCUGUAGCGAGUUUUGAAUGCUUCACUGGACUGAUGGUGUUCUCCAAGUUCAUAGCCUGCAGUGAAUGUCAAACAAAAGUAACCUGAGUAGCCACAUCAUAGGUCUGCCUAUAAAUGCAAUAACCACAACACCAUAGGAGUUGUCAAUGCUGCUGAAGAAUCAGAGAAGGGUUGUAAGAAAGACAAAUUCAUCCAAACCAGAUUACAUGCUUUUUGGAAUAUGGAACUAGGGAGACAGCUGAGAAUGCGGUUAGUGUCAAAUAAAAGUUACCCGACAGACUACAUUGAAUAACGAGCAAGACUGGAGAAAUGGGUUGCGUGUUAAGCUUCUUGAACAUGCAAGAAAGUUUGCACGGAGAAUACUAACUAUGAAGGAAGUAGAUCCAGAGAAGGACAAUACAGGCCGAGUGCAUGGUCAAACUAAAGGUGAGGAGAACAAAAACUCAAAUGAACAUCAUCAUCACCGUCACCAUCAUCCUGAUACUUCAGUUGAUAUCUGAUGGCUUUAAGCUGUUUAAAAUCAUCUAUCACGGUCCCAACAGCUGUUCUUCUUCUAGGAGGCUGCCUCUUCGCCUAAUACUGAAUAUAACGACUCUGGUAGCAAGGGAUCUCUCUUUGGGGGUUUGACUGGCUCUAUCCUUACGGCAUCUGUAUGAUCUCUCUCUAUUCUUAUUCGUUAUUUCCAGUUUCUUUAUAGCCAUUUAUUCUCCUUGGAUGAAAUGUCUAAGAAACUAAUGCACUGUUCAAAAAUUUUGUUUGUGCUUAAUGUUCUUCUCCUCGAAGCUUUAUUUUAGUUCCUUGAGAAAAUGAUGUUGUGUGUCUCUUUAGGGAGGCCUCGGAUACUAUCUUCACAUUUGAUAUGCUAAAAUCUUUUGUUA